AUGAUAUCAAAAUUCUUAAAUAAAUCGCAAAAUAUUCAAUAUUUAGAAAUUCAACUGUGCGAAAAUUAUGUGGGAGAUCAAGGUGCUAUGUUUAUUGGAACAAGACUAGUAGAAGAUUGUGUAAAUAUAAGAAUUUUAGAGAUUGGCAUAAGCGAAAAUAAUAUUAGCCUGUAGGGAGUAGAAAAUCUAUUAAUAAAUAUAAAUAAAUUAUUUAAUCUGACUUAAUUGGAUAUUAGUUUAAGUGCUAAUAAUAUUGGAGACGAAGGAGCAUAAAUGGUUGGAAUAAAAUUAGGACAAUGCUCAGCUAUCUCUUUUUUAUAAAUUGGAUUAGAGGAUUGUAAUAUAGGAGAUCAAGGUAUUUUUAGCUUAAUAAAAGGAUUAAGAAAUUGUGAAACUUUGACUAUUUUGCAAACAAAUAAUAUUACUGAUAUUAGAGCAUCAUAUUUUGCAACAGAAAUUGUAAAAUAUGCAAAAUUGACAAAGUUAAAAAUCUACUUACAAUUCAAUUAAAUUACUGAAGUUGGAGAAUCAAGUUUGGCUAUCGGCUUUAGCUAAAUUUAAAGCUUAUUAUUAUUGGAUAUUGAAUUAAAAAAGCCUUAAUAAACUGUCAAAACAUUCGAAUUAUUAAAAUUUCAUUCAUGUAAUAACUUUAAAAAGAUAUUGUGA